UCCUCUCUAACACUGCCAUCUGGUGUUGAAAGGUGGCAUUUAUGCCAGGCGCAUUAAUUCGGCUAAUCAUAUUUAAUGUAAAUACGUUCGUUCUUCGGUCACUCCCUUUUAAUUCCAAAUCCCCUUUUAAACUAUUAAAAAAAUACGACCACGUGUCCGAGACAUUAGCCUGCGCCUAAUGCUAAUCACCGCAUACUGACAUAAUUCUCGAUUUAGAUCUCAGACACGCUUAAGCACUAUUUUAACACCCCCUCUUUCGGCGCAAUCAACGUAUCUAACAUUAACGCUCAUCAUCAACCGGAAGUUCGCGAGCGCCUUCUCGGCCCCUCCUCUCUCUUCCGCUCAGAUGUCCUUGUAGCUAUGGAAACUCAUCAGCGGCAGCAUCCUCCAGUCCGUCCACCCCGUCGUCUGGACAGCUAAGCUAAAUUCUGCGCGUAAAACAUCUCCUCAAAAUGGCGAUCAAGCGUCAAGCGCUUUCCUCGGUGCUCUUUUCGUGGCUGUGCACCGGUUCAGCUUUUGCUGUAAUUCUCAGAACAACUGAAAAAUCAGUAUGGACAAAUGAAUUUGAGUCGAUUGAGUUGACCUGCUUGAUAGAGUCCAUUUCUACAAACAAUCCCAGAAUUGAAUGGAAGAAAAUAAAAAAUGGCGUACCCAGCUAUGUCUAUUUCCAAAAUAAAAUUUCAGGUAAUUUGGAGCACAGGGCUUUGCUGAGAGAGCCUGCAAACCUUGUAAUCCUGAACGCCAGCAGAUCGGACACAGCUCAGUAUCGCUGUGAGGUGGCAGCCAUCGACGACCAGAAGCCCUUUGAUGAAAUACUAAUCAGUCUCGCUGUAAGAGUGAAGCCGGUGAUGCCCAGGUGUAGCGUGCCGGAGGCGGUUACGGUGGGCUCAAGCACUGAACUGCGCUGCAUUGAGAACGAAGGCUUUCCGCAGUCACAGUAUCAGUGGUACAAAAACAACGAGGAGCUGCCAGAAGACCCGAAAACCAGCAGCAAGUUCUACAAUUCUUCAUACACCAUGAACACCGAGACUGGUUCCCUGGUAAAAAUUCGGUCGGUGAAGAAAGAGGAUGCGGGUGAAUACUUUUGCCAGGCCAGAAAUGAGGCAGGAUGGUCGAAAUGCAGUCCUCAGAUCAUGGAAGUGUAUGAUCUGGACAUUGUGGGAAUAUUCCUGAAGGUAUUAGGUGGAGUGGCGGCGUUUAUAUUCGUCCUUGUGGGGAUUUGUCAGAUUCAGAAAAGUGGCUACUGUUCCUGCAAAGACCACAGGAAACCAAUUACAAAGUACCCCAGCAUGAAAACAGGAUGGACUACGCCAGUCCAGAUGAGGGACAUUUCCGCCACAAGUCCUCCUUUGUCAUCUGAAGUCAAAGAAGAGGAGGCGAGCGCUCAAGCUGGGUCGAGGCCUCGUGAGCUGACUUUUGAACUGUCAAAUUGUGGAUUUUACGCAGAGGUGCGACUCGAGCCUCGUGGCUUGCCAAAGUUAUUACAGAAAGGAAAACUACUGUGUUAAACAGGGAAUUUUUACUCCCCUUAUUUUGAUUUAAACGGACAGGACUCAAACACAGGUUUACUUAAAACACCACAGUUUAUAUAUAAAAAUGGCUUUCAGAACAACACUAAGAUUUAUAGUUAUUACAUGCAUCUUGUGAAGUGAGGAUCAUUGUUGCAGCAAAACGAACACGACGUAAAAGAUGGGGUUUUUAUUGAGACUUUGCAAAUAAUUGUGAAUUUCUGAAUGUCUGUUGCACUUCAAAUUGUAGCAAGGCUGAAUCUGCAUCCCGGUGCUGCUGUAUGUUUGCCCAAAAAUAGUCAACACGUAAUACCGGUGCAAGAAUUUACAUGUCUUGAAGGUAAAUAUUAUAUUUCCCACCGGAGAUAUAGCGUGCGACUAUGUGAAGAAGCCUGUCGGUGUAAAUGUGUACAAUGCCAUGCCAAGACUGUUUUAUCUCGGUCACUUUUGAGAAGAGUGUUAGUGUCUCCAUACUAGUUAUUGAGUUGAACCAUAAAUUUGUAGCAUUUUAGUUUGAGAUUCAAUCGAACAUCUCCUUGAAGUCAGUAGACUUGGCUGUGCAGGAUGAUUCAUUUACUUAGUUUCGUUUUUUGAAAUAUUCCUCUAGAUACAGAUUACGCACUUGUGGGUUUUUCAGAGUGCCAUUUCUGUGUUUAAGUGACCUUCAAUGCUUUAUAAUUGUUUUAUACGUUUUGGACAUAUUGUCCAGGUGUUAUUGUUUUAAUCUAUUUAUAAUAUCUAGGUAUAUUGUAGUUCACUCCAGAGUAGUAGUUAGACUGUGGGCCGUGUCACAAGAAUAAAACUGAUUAUGUGGAAGUGAUCGACAUUGUCUAUCCAUUUAUUUUGUUUUUAAAACAUGUAGCUAUAUAUG